AUGUAUCGACAGAUACCAAUACGCCCAGAAGAUAGGAAAUAUCAACAAAUUCUGUGGCGCAAUUCCAACGGUGAAAUUGACGCCUAUCAACUUAAUACCGUGACGUUUGGGUUAUCAGCCGCUCCAUACUUGGCCCUACGGUGUCUCAAACAAUUGGCAGACGACGAGGGACACCAAUUCCCACGAGCGUCAUUGGUAUUACGGCACGAUUUCUACGUAGACGACGCCCUUACCGGAGCUGAUACGAAGGAAGAGGUACUGUCGAUCAGAAAGGAGCUCACCGACCUUCUGCAAUCAGCCGGCUUCAACAUUAGAGGAUGGGCUUCAAACGAUCCGGACAUACUGAGGGGGCUAUCCGAACAAGACAAAUGCAGGAAGUUACAAUUGGGUGAUUCUCAGACUCUAAAAACCCUCGGGGUUUUUUGGGAUUCCCAGGUUGACGCAAUCCUUUAUUCGGUCAAUACCCUAGCUGAUCUCCCACGGCUUACAAAGCGAUCAAUACGUUCUGUGAUAGCCAGAAUAUAUGAUCCAUUAGGAUUGCUCGCGCCAGUGAUCAUUCGAGCAAAAAUUAUUUUGCAACGUGUCUGGUCAUUAAAAAUCAACUGGGAUGAAUCACUUCCCGCAGAUCUGCAUUCGGAAUUGAGCCGGUAUUACACCCAAUUAGCGUUAAUAAACAACGUUCGGUUUCCACGCAAAACAGUAAUACCAGCAGCGACUAGGAUGGAACUCCACGAUUUUUGCGAUGCCAGCGAGAAGGCUUACGGAGCCUGCGUCUAUAUCCGCACCAUUAGUUCCGAUGGCACAAUCCAAUCCCAUCUACUCACCGCGAAGUCAAAGGUCGCUCCGCUCAAAAUACAGUCUAUCCCACGACUCGAACUGAGCGGAGCACUACGUCUGGCUACCUUGAUCGCAUUAGUCCAGAAGGCUAUAACGAUCAAGAUUUCUCGAAUCGUAUAUUGGACUGAUUCCACCAUCGUGCUGCAGUGGAUCAAGUCCUCGCCGCAUAUGUUAAAGACAUUUGUGGCGAACCGAGUAGCCGAGAUACAAACCAAGACCAACCUCUCCGACUGGAGCCAUGUACCUACCGCCGACAAUCCAGCGGACCUCAUCUCACGAGGUCAGACGCCCAAGGAGUUCCUGCGCCCGUCCAUUUGGAAAAAUGGACUAGAGUGGCUCCAGCAAAACGAAGAACAUUGGCCGACAUGGAACCCAACUCCGUUGGGCGAAGUCCCUGAGCAAAAGAGGUCACCUUCCUGGUAG